CGGCGAAACCCUGGGCCUCCAUGGCGAAGCACGAGAACUGAACCACUCGGCCACGGGGCCAGACCCUGCUGCCUUGGUUUUAAGGGCUGCCUGUCAGGGGCCACGUCCCUCUCCUUGCUUCCUGGGGAAGGGACAUCAUCAUUAUCCUUGGAUAGACAGGAUGGGGAAACUGAGGCCUGAGGAGCCCAGUGUGGUUCUAGGUAGAGCUUCCGCCUGCCCAGGAUCCCCUCCAGCCCAGCCUAGCCCUGCCCGGCCCCAGGGUCCUCUGAGAGGCUUUCGGUCCUGGGGUGCCCAGCUCCCCUCCGACCCCAGGUUUGAGGUGGGCAUGGUCUGGGGCCGGCCCCCUCACCCUGGAUCCUCCCUUUCCCUGGCUCAGGGCCUGUACCCAGAGAGUGUGAGCUAUGUCCUUGGGGCCCAAGAGCACACCUUCACCCUGCACCUGCGGAAGAACAGGGACCUGGUGGGCUCAGGCUACACGGAGACCUACACGGCCGCCAAUGGCUCCCAGGUGACGGAGCAGCUGCAGAGGCAGGAUCACUGCUUCUACCAGGGCCACGUGGAGGGGCACCAGCACUCGGCAGCCAGCCUUAGCACCUGUGCUGGCCUCAGGGGCUUCUUCCGGGCUGGCUCCACUGUCCACCUGAUCGAGCCCCUGGAUGGGAGCAGUGAAGAGGGGCAGCACGCGCUGUACCAGGCACAGCACCUGCAGCAGAAGGCCGGGACCUGCGGGGUCAGCAACGCCAGCCUGGAGAACAUCUUGGGACCUCGGGUCUUGGCAGCCUUCAGGCCCCGGGAUUGGCUGCCAUACCGAGAUACCCGCUACGUGGAGCUGUUUGUGGUCGUAGACAAAACAGAGUUCCAGCAGGUGGGCAGCCGAGAGGCUGUGCGGACGAGGGUGCUGGAGGUGGUGAACCACGUGGACAAGCUUUAUCAGGCACUGAAUUUCCGCGUGGUCCUGGUGGGCCUGGAGAUCUGGAAUGACGGGGAUAAGAUCAAAGUCAGCCCGCAGGCUGACACCACACUGGACAACUUCUUGGUCUGGCGGGCACAGGACCUGGUGAGACGACAGGUGCACGACAAUGCGCAGCUCAUCACUGGGGUCGACUUCACCGGGAGCACCGUGGGACUGGCCAGGGUGUCCACCAUGUGCUCACAGGACUCGGGGGCUGUGAACCAGGACAACAGCAAGAACCCCAUCAGCGUGGCGAGCAUCAUGGCCCACGAGAUGGGCCACAACCUGGGCAUGGACCAUGACGAGAACGUGAUGGGCUGCUACUGCCCCAUGCCGCAGGACAGCGGUGGCUGUGUCAUGGCGGCCAGGAUCGGUGUCAAGUUCCCCAGAAUGUUCAGCCACUGUAGCCGGGCCAACCUGGAGAUGUUCAUGGAAAAGCCCCUGACAAACUGCGUGGUGAACGCCCCAGACCCUGACCGGCUGGUGGGCGGCCCUGUGUGUGGGAACGGGUUUGUGGAGCGCGGGGAGCAGUGCGACUGCGGGCCCCCCGAGGACUGUCGGAACCAAUGCUGCAAUGCCACCACCUGCCGGCUGGCUGAGGGGGCUGAGUGUGCCCAUGGUGGCUGCUGCCACGGGUGCAGGGUGAAGCUGGCCGGUGAGGUGUGUCGCCCCCAGAAGGAUGGCUGUGACCUUGAGGAGUACUGCGAUGGCCAGCAGCCAGUGUGCCCGGAGGAUGCCUUCCAGGAGAACGGCACGCCCUGCCCAGAGGGCUACUGCUAUGAUGGGAACUGCCCCACGCCAGCCCAGAGGUGCCGGGACUUGUGGGGGCCAGGUGAGGCAGGGUCGUGGGCUGCCGCGGAGUUGUGCUACGCCCACAGCAUCUCCCCAGGCUGCAAGAGCACUGUGCCCCUCGGCUCCAGCAGGGUCAACAAGUGUGGCACCCUAUACUGUCAGGGCGGGCAGAAGCCCCCAGAGCGGACUUCCUGCACCUUCGUCUACCACUCGUCCACUUGCCAGGCUCUUGGGCUGGAUGGCGGCAUGGGGUACGAGCAGGUGCCCGAGGGCACCCAGUGUGGCGAGGGGAAGGUUUGCUGGAAAGGACACUGCCAGGACUUCCAUGUUUACAGAUCCAGAGACUGCUCUGCACGGUGCAGCGACCAUGGGGUGUGCAACCACAAGCAGGAAUGCCAGUGCCACCCGGGCUGGGCCCCGCCCUACUGCGCAGAGCGGCUGGCCAACACAGCAUCGUGGAGCCUCCUGAUGGUGCUGGUGCCCGUGGUGCUCCUGGUGGCUCUGGGGCUCAUCCUGGCAUGUGUGGUCAUCUACUGCAAGCACUGUAGGACUGCCCAAUGGAGGAACGUGGCGUCCAAGACCAACAUGGGGCUCUCCAACCCCACGUUCCACGAGGGCAGCGGCACGCCAGCAAAGGGCAGGGCUCCGGCCUCUGCCACAGGCUCCCCAGAGGCAAUUCCUACCACCGACCCCAACCAGCCCCCGAGUCCCAAGGCUUUCACAGUGACCCCAAAGCAGCCGCCCGCUGCUACCCCCGCUGCCGCGUCCAGCCUACCCUUCACAGUUCCCGUGUACACCCGGAAGUUCCCAGACCAGCUCCGACCAGCUCCUCCUGCCAAGCCCCGACCAGCUCCUCCUGCCAAGCCCCGACCAGCUCCUCCUGCCAAGCCCCGCGCAGAGCUGAAGCCCAAGCAGGGAGUUGUUGGCUCAAAGGUUGCUCUGAAACCCACAGUCCAGAGGAGGUGAUGGAGCUCAGCACGCCCUGGCUGGCAAUCUGCGCCCGUCUGGAAGUUGCCUAUUGUUCAUGCUGAAGGAGCUGUGUGAGCCUCGCAUCCAGCAGAUGCAGCCAAUUGGCCCCAGCCCUGGGUGCCCCUCCUCAAGGGGCUGGGUCCAGCGCAAGAAGUCUUAACAGAAGAGCCAACUCCUCAUGGCCAAGGUCGCUGGUCACAGCCCAGACUCACAGUCCUGGGCUGAGGACUCUCAGUCUGCGUUGUUCCUGACCUCAGGAAUGUACCACCUGAGAGGCUCAGUUAUUACCUCCUCAGCCACUUUGGCCACGCUUAGCUCCACGGGUCAGCGGCAUGGCUGCUGUGCCAUGUGCCUGCAGGUCUGGACGGCCACUGCUGCCUCUUCUGGUUCUCCGGAAACCUCAGGUGCACAUUCUGCACGGCUGAAAACUUAAAUCAAAAUUUUGUAUUUUAUGAUUAAAUUAUUAAUCAAGUUCUAAAUGA